GCCAGCUCAUUACUUUAUAAAAUCCAAAAUCCCGGAAAAUCUUUCCAAAACCACCAAAGCCAAGCUUAGAAAAAACAUCUUUUUGCUCGGAUUUUUUUUUCUUUCAUCAAUUUUCUUUCUGUCCAAACAGAAUUCAGGAAAGUAAAGAAAAUGUUUCUUAUAGACUGGUUUUAUGGGAUUCUAGCUUCUCUUGGAUUGUAUCAAAAGGAAGCAAAGAUCUUGUUUUUGGGGCUUGAUAAUGCUGGGAAAACAACUCUGCUUUACAUGCUCAAAGAUGAGAGACUUGUUCAGCAUCAGCCAACACAGUACCCAACAUCGGAGGAACUAAGCAUAGGGAAGAUCAAAUUCAAGGCCUUUGAUUUGGGUGGCCAUCAGAUUGCUCGUAGAGUCUGGAAGGACUAUUACGCCAAGGUUGAUGCAGUGGUUUACCUGGUUGAUGCUUAUGACAAGGAGAGAUUUGCAGAGUCGAAAAAGGAGCUCGAUGCCCUUCUUUCUGAUGAGUCACUAGCAAAUGUCCCAUUCCUAAUUCUGGGGAACAAGAUCGACCUACCAUACGCUGCCUCAGAGGAUGAAUUACGUUAUCACAUGGGCUUGACUAACUUUACCACAGGCAAGGGGAACGUUAAUUUGGAUGGCACGAAUGUCCGCCCACUCGAAGUUUUCAUGUGCAGCAUUGUGCGUAAGAUGGGAUAUGGGGAUGGCUUCAGGUGGCUCUCUCAGUACAUUAAGUAGGCAAACCAAGAAAAAUGACCUAUCUACUUGGCUAGCAAUUUUCCUGCAAGUACUACUGAGUGAGAGCUUGUGAAUUAUGAUGGAUUGGGGAGGUGGGGAGGGGAUGCAAUCAGGCCACUAUGUAAAUUGAAAUAUGUGUAGUCUUUGUUCAGAAGUUGUUUUUAAUCAAAUAUUAGUUUGGAAACCCUGUUUAUUUUGGUAUCUUCUUGUAGAGAUAGGUUGGUAAGUUACCUUGGUUGCUAGUUUGGUGAGCAAUUACUCCACAGAUUUUGGACUUACCCUCACAGAUGCUAUUGUUUGUUUGUAGCGGUUAACGUUUGGUUUUGGGCUGAAUCCUGAAACCUCAAGCCACACUAGUCAUAAGGCCCAACGUCGAUAUGCUUAUAGUAUCUAAAGGGUAGACCUGUUCAUAAUCAUAUGAUCCAUCAAACCCAUGGGCCUGCCUUAUUCCGGCCCUAACCCACGAGUUUUAUGGGUCAGGUGGCUAACCAAACGUUC